AUGGAUCGAGGAGAAUUGAGUAGAGUAUUUCAAAUGUUUGAUAAGAAUGGAGACGGCAAGAUCGCAAAGAAUGAGCUGAAGGAUUUCUUUAAAAGCGUGGGCAUCCUCGUCCCCGAAAACGAGAUUAAGGAGAUGAUAGCAAAGAUGGACGUGAAUGGAGACGGUUGCAUGGAUAUAGAUGAGUUUGGAUCAUUGUACCAAGAAAUGAUCGAAGAGAAAGAGGAAGAAGAGGAUAUGAAAGAAGCAUUCAGAGUGUUCGAUCAGAACGGCGAUGGAUUCAUCACAGAUGAAGAGCUGAGGUCGGUUCUUGCAUCAAUGGGGUUGAAGCAAGGAAGAACACUUGAAGAUUGCAAGAAGAUGAUCAGCAAAGUUGAUGUUGAUGGAGAUGGUAUGGUUAAUUUCAAGGAGUUUAAGCAAAUGAUGAGAGGUGGUGGAUUUGCUGCUCUUAGCUCCAGUUAA